AUGGCAGACGACAAUUCCAAACAGGCUGCCUGUGAUCGAUGUCACAGGCGCAAAGCACGCUGCGACAAGGUCCAACCGUCUUGCUCUUCAUGCAUCAAGGCAGACACUCAGUGCAUUUACAGUGCCAAAGACCCAAUGAUCCGUCGCCAGGACAUGGAAAAACUCGAGAGAAGGCUUCGUCAGGUGGAAGCGAAGAACGAGGCUUUAGCGAGCCAGCUACGUGAGGCCAACCUCAGAACGAAUACAAGCAGUCCUCUAAAUAGCGUGCCAUCGACUUCAAGUGGUCAACAAGCAGCAGUCACCAAUAGCAGCAGCUCAGGCAGUAACGAAGUGGCAAGCCAAGUCACAUUUCUGAGUCUAGGGGCUGGCGGCGAGCGACAAUACCUCGGGUCGACGAGCGGACUCCUUCUGGCCAGUCUGCUCCAAGCGGAUAACCGUGGAAAAGUUCGAGGCACGCAGGAUGAUAACUACAAUGAAGCCCGCAGAUUUGGCUCGGGUGGUCGUGUCGGGACAUUGACUUCAGAUGUCAAUUCUUUGCCGGCUGAAAAGCUUGCCCGGAGUUUGGUUUCGGCAUACCUAGCUCACGAUCACUUGUGCUAUCCAUUCCUUCAUCCGAGGACGUUGUUAGAGAGCCUCGAAUUGAUCUAUGGCGACAAAACUUUCUACGGGACCCACCCCGUAGAAGCAUUUACUCUAGACCUGAUCCUCGCCAUUGCUACCGCUCAGGUCUCAAAGUUUGAUUGGCAAGUGAUGCCAGACGCGGAAACACACCAUGACCGGGCUAUGGGCAGACUGGGCACAGUGCUCAGCCAGGGUGGAAGGGUUGCUUUGCAGGCUCUCCUAUUGAUGUGCCAAUACCGGAUCGGAAGUGGUCUUUAUGAUGCUUCCGCGAGUUUGUGGCACCUGGUUGGUACAGCAGCGAGAAUGUGCUUUGAGCUCGGCUUGCAUCGUGAGUCUGUCUUCUCUUCCCCUGAAAAUGGUGUGGCUGUCAUGGACGAAGGCACAUUUGAAGAUUCCGAAGUCAAUAGAAGGUGCUUCUGGUGUGUAUUGGCAAUGGACAGAAUCACGAGCAUCACUUUGGGCCGACCGUUGGCCAUCCAUCUCGACGAUUUUGACACGGAAUUGCCCCGUUCUGAGGCGCAUAUCGUGGUCAGCCCAGACAACAGCUUGUCUCCCUUGGAGCCCAUUGGGAGUGCUCCAUGGCAGCUACGGACAGCAAUAUUUGUGCUAAUUGUGCGCUACCGAGUCAUUUGCGGCAAGGUUCUGAGCUCCUUGCACAAUGUAAUCCGAUCCAGAAUGAGUGCUGCCUUUGACUACGAAAGCAGGCGCGGGUUUCUGAUCGAGGAACUCGAAGCCUGGCGAUCAGACACUCUGACGAUGCCGUUUGGAGGCUCACUCAGCGACUCUGAUCGAUCCAGCUUCCGGACGAGAGAAUGGUACGAUCUCUUGUACCAGAACGCAAUUUUGAUGCUGUAUCGUCCGUCGCCGUCCCUUCACGAUGUUCCUCAAACGGCCGAAGCACUACAGCGCAUCUUCGACGCCGCUCAAAAGUCCAUCGGCAUCUAUGCAUACCUCCACAAGUCACGUCGGAUCAAUUACUCUUCCAUUACACUGCACGCAGCGUUCAUCGCGGGGCUGUCAUACAUUUAUGCCGUCCGUUCCCAUUUCCAGUCUCGUCGGCGUGACUUGUCGAGCAAUAUCAGUCUAUUGUCACAAAACUCUGCUAGUUGUCUGCCAGCUGAUCCCACCAUUAACCAAAUCGUCAAUACCACUCGCGACUGCUCCAAUGUCCUUGUCGCAGUCUCCGAGCGCUGGAGCACUGCUCGUAACGCUCACCAAGUAUUUGACCGGCUCAGUGACGCCCUCUUGACUGAUGUAAUUGAGUUUCAAAAUCAGUUUCGAAACGCAUUUACCCACAGUUCACAAUUUGGUGCACCAAAUCAGAACCACUCUCAUACCAUGCCGGAUCUUGGAGUCAGUCCCACAAUACAACAGCAGUAUUUUUCAUCUGUUGUACCGAAUGUUAUGGAUUUCAGCUAUCAAGACUGUUUCGAUGAUUUACAAAAUCUGUAUACAAGUUAUGACUUUGCAAAUGUCUCGGUGAUGCAGGCGUCUCAAGACUGGCUUUUUGAAAUCCGAUCUCUGGAUCAAUCCAUGGCCGCAGGAGGCCACUGA